AGGUGGGAGCGGGCGGGGUGCAGUCAGAAGGAGCAGCAGCUGUCACACGCUGCAUUAACCGCUGCGUGGCUCUCAGUUAGACAUGAGAAAUUAAUAGAGAAUUACUUCAACUAAUGUUACAGGCGGAUACAUCUUUAGAGAUUUAGCGAAAGUGCCGUUUAACUGCUAGUCACUGGUUAAAGUUGCUUUGCGCGAGACUAACUGCUGAAAGUUGAGCACGCGCGCGACAGAGGGACCACAGCGUGCUGAGACCGCAUUUACAACCGACAAAGAAAAGGACUACAAAUACAAAAAAAAAAAGAUAUUUAAAGAUUUAUACGAAAGAAAGUGGUCUGCAUAAAUUCUAUUCAGCAGCACUAACCAGCGUAGAGGACGAAUAUCGAGUUAUUAUGGUGACCACCAAGGGAACUAAUCUUAACCCUAAUGCCAAAGUGUGGCAGGAGAUCCCAGCGCAACAGAACGACAUCCCAGAAGUAUCAGAUGGUUCCUCCUGGCUGCACACAAACUCUUCCUCUGGUGAGAUGACUGAUGGAUUCUCAGAGCUGUUCUCUCCGGAGAGUAAAGGAUACUCUAUGGACUACCUGAAUAGCCCUGAGGAAUACUUCACACACAAUGAUGUGGAGCUUCCAGAUUUGGGGUAUUUGGUCUACGAUCAACAGGACAAUCCCUCUACACACGCUGAACUGUCUGAGGGAGAAGCAGUGACUGAGGAGAGCGUAAGAGAGUCAUUAAAAAAGCGACUGGAGUUCUGCUUUUCUAGAGAGAACCUUUCUAAGGAUCUUUACCUGAUAUCCCAGAUGGAUGGUGAUCAGUUUAUUCCUAUCUGGACAAUUGCCUGCAUGGAGGACAUCAAAGCUCUCACCACUGAUAUGGAUCUGAUUCUGGAAGUAUUGAGAGCUUCUCCCUUAGUGCAAGUUGAUGAUGCUGGUGAGAAAGUUCGACCUAACCACAGCCGCUGUAUCAUUAUUUUAAGGGAAGUGCCAGAGACUACACCAGUUGAGGAGGUAGAGGCUCUUUUCAAGAAUGAAAACUGUCCAAAACUGCUGGGUGUUGAGUUUGCUCACAACAGCAACUGGUACAUAACUUUUCAGUCGGAUAUGGAUGCACUGCAGGCAUACAGGUACCUACGAGAGGAAGUUAAAGUCUUCAAAGGGAAACCCAUUAUGGCUCGCAUUAAGGCCAUAAAUACAUUCUUUGGGAAGAAUGGAGGGGUGUACCAGCAGCCAGGCCAACCACAGGCCCAGUAUGUGCCUCCAGUGUAUAUGCCACCGGUGUACAGCCCUCAGCAGGAGUAUCCUGUUUACCCUUUGGUGUCUCCUACCUGGAACCCCUCGAUUGUGCCACACUUUGAAACGCCACUGGCCCCUUUCCCCAAUGCUGGAUUCGUGAAUGGAUACAACAGUCCUGGGAACUACAAACUAACUUCUGGCUCGGUCAAUGGCCAUCGUCCUAAUGGCAGGAACAGGAACCAUGUCAAAGGACAUCAUAGACCUGGAGAUCCUAUUUCAUCUAACUUGGCUUUAGGGACAAUGAUGAAUGGCAUCUCUGGUCCAACGGCACAGUCUGCUUUAUCUGCCUUCAACCUUAGAGAGGCGUCCUCAUUGUUCUCGACAUCCAGUGGAGAUCAGGGCCGUGCAGGAAGAGACAGAAGGAAUGGCCACAAAGGCAUGAGAAGGAAAAAAGAAGACGAGUUUUCCACGAAACCUGUCCCGUUGAUGGAAGCCAAGGCAGCCCCUCCUAAUUUUGACCUGGCAGGCUCUAGCUUCCCUCCUUUGCCAGGGUCUGUGGUCCCUGUUCAGGAAGAAACUGUGACAGAGGUACGCCUCUCUGAUGUCGUCCGUGGCCUAAAGCUUCAAGCCAAGACAGGAAAUCGUGAAAAUAUAUUAGCUGUUAACACAAAAGGCUCUAAAAGUCCUGCUAACAAACAGGAUUCUACCUCCCCGUGUACUACACCAGCUGUUGCUGAGAUGCAAAUGGCAACACCGCCAGAUUCAGGUGCAUGUCUAACAGUAGACAAAGGAGAUGAAGGUGAACCAGUUGCUGUGCAGGGAGACCUCGCUCCAUCCACUGAGGCUGAGUGUAAAACCACUCCAGAAACACCCCCCAGUGUGAGCGGUAAAACUGUUUCUCAAAAACAGUCAUCAGAGCAAGAAUGGCAGGAGUCAAGAAAGCUUAGCUAUGCUGAGGUGUGCCAGAGACCAGCCAAAGACCCACCGCAAGCAGAGACGCCAUCCCCCUUGCCUCCUGUCACUUCCCCCAACCACCCUCUGAAAGAACUCAAGGUCAAUACUGUUAAGGAGCCUCAGCUGAACACCAAAAAAGGUGCUGAGAAAGUUGGAGAUAAACCUUCUCGACAGCUGUCCCGUACAUUCCGUGGCGCUUCCGGUCAUACCAGAGCAAAAGGUUCCGGGAUGAAGAUCCGGGAACAUCAGAGGGGCUCGAAUGCUAGCAAGCAGUUCCCCCCACAGCGAGGACCAAAAUCCAGUGGCAAAGAGCAAAAAGUACCCCCACCCAUACAAAAAUAAAUGCAUUUCAGAACUUUACAGACCUUAUUUAAAUGUGUAAAUAUGUAAAUACAGAUGGAUCUAUUUCUUUUGACAGAUUUUGUCAAAUAUGUUUAAAUAUUUACUGUGACUUAAAAGUCAAUGUUCCUUAAAGGAAAAUUUUUAUUUUAGCAGUGCUUAAAUGUUAAGUGUGUAAUUUUGAAUUUAAUUUAAUAUGGCAGUACUUCUAAACAGAUAUCCUGACAAUGUAUUAUGGGUAUUAUUAUUUUUUUUUUUUUAAUCAUCUGAUGGGGGAAGUUGUGCUUAUCAUUGCAGGAGGUCUCUUUAGCAUCCUGGUGUAUUAAAUUUAGGGUGACUGCUCAGGUUUUUAUUUGGUAAAGAUGUAUUUAUUGACAAUGAAAUGCAUUAAACAGGGGGGAUAAAACAACAGAGGAUUGGUAUUUGAGGAUCUCAAAACCGUAAUUGUUUAGUUUUAUUUUUUUGCAUCAGAUUGUAAAUUACUUGGAUUGCAAUUAUUGAAUGUAUUCCUCCAUGGUGAUGGAUGCAUCUGUGGGGGAAUUCCAAUCGAGAUUUGGAAAUAAAUUAGUUUUUCCUUUUUGGAUUUUGCUUUUUAAAUGUGUUUUAACAUAGUUUGGAGAUAUUUGGUAAUGCUUGCUUUAUUUUCUGUCACUUUUUUUUUUCCAUCAAUUUUUUUUGGACCCUAGAAUGUAUGGUCAUGUCAUGGUACAAUUGUGCUGGUUUAAUAGAAAACUAAGUUUUCUGCAUUUAUUUUAUUUUUUUUCUUUGAUGUAAAUGUUAGUUCAGUAUCUCUUAUAGCUGGAAUACGGUCACUAGUUUAGCUGCUUCAGUAAUUGUGGAGCAUUGCUAUAUUCACUCAAAACAUGUUUUUUUUUUCCUAAAAGUGCACAAGGUGUCAAAAUGAUUGAACUUAAGCACUUGUUUAAAGCAGCAUGUGAUCAAAUUUAAGAUAUUGCCAGAUGAUUAUUUUGAAUGUAAAUAUUGUUUGUGUUGUGUCAAUACAUUACUAUUGUAACAUUUCAAUUUUAGAUAAAAAUUGUCAGUGGUAAGCUACUCUAGCCUAAAAUGUAGCAUGAAACUAAAUUUAAAUCCUAAAUUUCCUAUAAGUCCUUUAUUCUUCCUUUGGUCUUGGAACUGGAGAAUAUUUUAUAAAACCAGAUAUGGUUGUAUUAAAUCAUAUUUGAAUGUUUAUCUGGUGACAGGUUUGCCUCUGUAAAUAGGAAAGUAACUAAACUAAAUUUACAAGGUUUAAUGAAUUCUUUUCUACUAAAGGACUAAAAGGAUCUUUUUGUUUUUGCCAAAAAAAAGGGACAAGAGGCUAAUCAGUGCAUAUAUAUAAAAAAAAAAAAUCAUGUUUAGUCAGAUUCUCAAGCUACGAUUGGGAUUUAUUUUUUUCAUAUAGUUAUACAAAAAUAUAAAUAACAUUUUUAGAUGGACCUGAAAGAAAAGUUGGAUUUGCAAUUCAGAUGUUUUCUCAAGUCAAAUUUUAAAGCCUUUUUUUUCUCGUUUUAAACAAAUUGCCAUGUUUGAACUCACCCAAAUAGUUUGCAUUUUAAUAAAAGGAAAUUUUUGUAAAUGCCAUCUAUGGGGCUUCAGCUUCUAGCUUUUUAUUGUUGCAUUCUUCCUCUUUUGUAGAAUUUUAGAAUAUAUAUUAGUUAUUUGUCUUAAGGGCUGUCAUUGCUAUGGAGUCUAACAUGAUACUUUGCUUCUUUUUUUUUUUUUACUUGAUUUGAAUUUGUGUGCACUGAUCUUAUUUAAAACCAGCGAAUGGGUGGGAUUAUGUUUCAGUGUUGAACACAUACCCGUGGAGGUGGUCAAUGAAAUCCACUUAUAAGAUGCUUAAAAUUCAGAAAAAUAUUGAGAGUAAGAUUUUCAUUUUGCUUUAUGUGAUUGUUUAAAAUGUGGAAAACAAGAUGAUACAAAUUCCUUUUUUUUAUGAUUUUGGUUGUGGAUUUCAGCAUGUUUUUGCAAACCUUGUGCCUUUUCAGCACUAGGCACCCUGAUUACGUCCUAUAAAGUCCUGCCUGGUUUAUUGUCCAAUUAUGGGAAAUGUGUAUUUUCAUUAGGAGUGCUUAUAUUAUUUCAAGCUCAAGUAUUACUUUAUUGGAGAUUUUAUUUUAGGUAAAAGGUAUAGAUCUUGGUUCAUUUUACUUAUCUUUUAACCCUACCAAUUUCAUUAAAUAUUUAAAGUUCCUUUUAACAAAACAAAAACUUUUUUUUUUCUACUGAAAUACACACUGGUUUAUCAAGCUAAUAUUGUGUAAUAAUAAAGCAUUUUAA